CUGCUUUUUGAAACAACAAACGGAAAAACUAUUUUUGCAGUCAAACUUGCUGGUGCUUCAAAUUUCAACUGUGUCCUGCCGAAGGAAGUCGACGACAUUCCUCUGACAGCACACAGUCUGUCACCAAAGCAUAUCAAAGUUAUAGCUGCACUUGGUGAUUCCUACACGUAUUUCAAUCCAAGCCUGAAAGGUGCAAGUCUUAAUAACCAGUCAAACUCUGAGCACCUUAAUGUAGCAAUAUCUGGAGGUACAAGUUCAACUCUUCAAGGCCAGGUUAAGAACUUCAUUGUAAACGUUUUUGAACCAAGUUUUUCAUAUUUCAGAAUCUUUCAAUUACAGGCAAUAGAGCUUAUAACCCGAAUGACAAACAUGUCGAGUAUUGAUGUCAAAAAUGACUGGAAAUUUAUAACACUUUUUAUUGGAACAAAUAACAUAAGAGCUUUUUGUACUGCUGGGGUAAUUUUUCGAUUCUAUGACUUAUUGAGUAUUGAUAGAGAUGAAAAAUGUCUAUGCCUUUUGAACAGCAAACACAAUUUGCUUCUGAUGUCUCCAGACUGUUUUCACUUUUCCGAAAUUGGUAACGAUGCUUUAGCAAAGUUACUUUGGAAUAAUCUGAUGACGCCAGUUGAAUCUUCAACAAAUGUGCAGAAUUUUGAUCCAGUUCAGAAAAUUACUGUCAAAUGUCCAGAUAUGGUAACAGUUUCCUUUGUCAAUUAUUGUACAGUGAUAAAAAGAAAAUAA